AUGAACGAGCCACUCUUCACCCCGGAGAAAUUCGGCCUACGCAACGACCACGCCGGAGCACAAGCGAUAUGCGAAAUCCUCAAGCUUGUCGACAAGCAUGGCCCUACCAAGCAUCAACUGGCUUUCGUGGUCUUCACCGUGCUUGAGCGGAUGACUGGACCCCGCUCUCGGAAGACCGGCAACCUCUGGAUCAAGCAGCAAGUCGCUACGUACUUCCCGGAGACGAAUAUGAAGCGCACUGCCUGCGAGUUGUGUGCUCACCGCAAGACCAAGUGCCAAGUUACGAACGGUAGUGCGUACUUCAUGUGCCUUUGCACUGCGAUUUGAUUUUAUGCUUACUUCCGUGAAUAGAUGAUUCCUGCGAUGAGUGCGUCAAGCGCGGCAUCACAUGUGUUGCCGCUAGCGCUUCGAAGCGCAAGAGAGAGGCUGCUGUCGAUCGUAAUGGGCCUGCUACCAAAGCCCUCAAGCUGGAGACCAACAUGGACACUGUCGGCGAGGAGCACGAUGUGCCAGACUUGAUCUUCGACUCAUCACCUGGUCGGGAUAUUCCAGGAGAGCCUGCCACUCCAUCCACUCCCUCUCCAACCUCCCGUCCAAAGUACCAAGUCCCCGCCGGCGAAGAUGACCUGAUCAACAGCGCUGCUCUCAUCACUCCACCGUCUGCGACAUCCGCUCCCGGCAGCAGGUUCUCCGAUGCCUCCAUUCCCAUUAAUUGGAACGGUCCCGUGGUGUAUGAUCCUGACCUCAACGCUGGAGGCCUCGUUGGCAGAGAGCUCGUCGAUGAAGACCUCAUUGGCAGAGAGCUCGUCGAUGGAGACCUUAUCAGCGGGGAACUCGUUGGCGACUUCUCCAAUGCAGGAAACGCCGGUUCGCUGAUGCUGAACGAUCCCAUGGCUCUGGACGGUCUUGCAGCAUACGAUCCCAACUUCGACUUCAACUUGAACGCUGAAAACUUCGACGCCGGACGCAUCACCGCCGGGAUCGAAGCUCCACUGCCAGCCCAGCCCAUGACCUUCGACGAGCUCGUCGCAUAUGACCCUGCCUUCGAUGCCAACCUCGAUGCCGCCUUGGCCCCACCGCUGAUGCAGGACAAGCCCAUGACCUGGGACGAGAUGAUUGCGUACUAUGCUGGCUUCCAUGCUGGUCUUGACGCUCUGAUGCCGAACAACUUCGGUCCGGCCCUCGACGCUGGCUUUGGUGCUCCCGUGGUCUUGGAUAACAUCGAUCCUGCCCUCAAUGCUGGUCUUGGUGCUCCACUGAUGCUGGACGGUAUCGAUCCUGCCCUCAGCGUUGGGAAUGACUCCAACCAAGUGGACCUCAGCGCUGGCAACGCUGGCAACGCUGGCAACGCUGAAGAUGGCGAUUCUCCGGAGUCCAUGCUCAUCGCCCAGGCCAACGCUGCAAACAUGGCCGACACUGAAGAUGGCACUGACGCCGCAGAUGUCUCCCACGCUGAAGAAGCCUCUGCCACUGGACAUGACCUUGGAGCUGCCAACGACUCCACCGCUACGGUCGCUAUCGCUACGGUCUCUCCCUUCGAUGCCGCAGUCACCGAGAUGUACGCUGGAAUCGCCAACUUGCACGCUGCCGGUAUCGACCUCACCGCCGGUGACGACCUCAACGUCGCUAUCAAGUUCAAUGCUGGAAUCGCCGACUUGAACGCCAUUACCGCCCAGCUCAAUGCCCAGAUCGGCAAGUGGAGCGCUCGUGGAGAUGUCGAUGCUGCUGCCUCUGGAAAUGACCUCAAUGCCCUUCUGAGCCUCGGCGAUAUCUUCGAUCUCGACGCUGCUGCUGCUUCUGAGUCUGGUGCUGGCCUCGCGGACCCGUUGGACCAGACUCUUGCUGGCCCAGCCAAUGUUACCGAGGACUUGGAGUUCGGUCCUGAUCUCUUCACUUUCUCCAAUGGCGAGAGCGAGAGUGAGGGAGAGGGGGAGGAGGCGGCUCCUGCUCAGGCUGAUGGCAACGAUGAGAUGGACUGGAUUGGUGGGUACCAGUUGGGCGAUGAGGUGGAGAACCAGAUGGCUUUCGUCGACUUGGAGGAGAUUGAUUUGUAA